AUGGAAGUAGGUGCAGCCGAUGGAAUCCUGAGUGCGGUCGAACGUCGAUGGAUCAUCGGUUUUGCUAAUGCUACUGGAUGUCCACAAGUGGUGUUAGACCAAAUUCAAAAUUAUCAGCCAAAAGAUGGAUUUCGAGCAGCUGGUGCCGAUGGUGAACUUUAUCCAAAAGAAUUGGAAGCUAUCUAUGCUCUUGGCAAGGUACUGGGUGCUGAAGAAGAUCAAAUAAAGCAACUGUAUGAACUGUACACAGAAGAACAAUGA